AUGCUGCGCAACAUUGCCCGCACUGCUCAGAACUCCGUUCGUCUUGGACAUCGUUUGUCAAGAGCAGGCACUCGGUCGUUCGCAAGGACAGCCGCAGUACUAUCUGAAGCUCCACUCAACUCGCUAGACGCAUUCACAGAUGAGGAACAGAUGCUGCGGGAGUCCGUUGCACGCUUCGCGCAGGAUGUCAUAGCCCCCAAAGUGCGGGAGAUGGACGAGGCGGAAAUGAUGGAACCGGAGCUAAUAAAAGCCCUUUUUGAGCAAGGACUCAUGGGCAUUGAAACGAGCAUAGACCAUGGCGGCGCCGGGUCCUCAUUCAUGUCAGCUAUCAUUGCCAUUGAGGAGCUCGCCAAAGUCGACCCCUCUGUUUCUGUUAUGUGCGAUGUGCACAACACUCUGGUUAAUACUGUCAUCCGUACGUAUGGUACCCAGGAGCAGCAAGACAAGUGGUUGCCCCAGCUUGCCGAGUCCAAGCUUGGAUCAUUUUGUCUGUCUGAGCCCGCAUCAGGGUCGGAUGCCUUCGCCCUCCAGACGCGUGCCGUCAAGGAUGGGGACUAUUGGGUUCUUAACGGUAGCAAGAUGUGGAUCACGAACUCAUAUGAAGCGGAAGUCUUCCUCAUAUUCGCGAAUGUAGACCCAAGCAAGGGCUACAAGGGCAUCACCUGCUUCAUCGCCACGAAAGAUAUGGGCAUACAGAUAGCAAAGAAGGAGCAGAAGCUUGGCAUUCGCGCGUCAUCGACUUGCCUCAUCAGUCUCGACGACCUGCGCGUUCCGGCGGAGAACAUUAUCGGCGGCGAGGGCAAGGGCUACAAAAUCGCGAUUGAGUGUCUGAACGAGGGCCGCAUCGGUAUUGCCGCGCAGAUGCUUGGGCUUGCGCAGGGCGCAUUCGACAAGGCGGUGCCGUACACGUAUCAGCGGACGCAGUUCGGGCAGCCGGUGGGCACGUUCCAGGGGCUCGCGUUCCAGCAGGCGCGCGCGGCGAUGGAGAUCGAGGCCGCUCGGCUGCUGACAUACAACGCGGCGCGACGCAAGGAAGAAGGUAAGCCGUUCGCGCGUGAGGCGGCGAUGGCAAAGUUGUACGCGAGCGAGGUUGCGCAGCGCGUGAGCGGCGCAGCGAUUGAGUGGGCAGGCGGCGUUGGUUUCACGCGCGAGACGGGGAUCGAGAAGUACUGGCGGGACUCAAAGAUUGGUGCGAUCUACGAGGGAACGUCAAACAUUCAGCUACAGACCAUCGCGAAGCUCAUUCAGAAGCAGUACUCAUAAAUCGUCAUCGGUCUCAUCAUUCGGUGACAUCAUACCUGGAGCGUUUUGGACAAACUUACCCAUGUAAAAGUACACAUUGCCAUAUUCAUUCUUAAAACAGCAGGAUAUAUUUCCCAA